AUGAAAGAAAUAAAACAUUUAAAUCCUUCUUAUAUAAAUUCAGGAAUGAUUAAUGAUACUGCUAAAUGGAAAUGGGGUGAAUAUAAACAAUUUCAUAUGAUUGCAUAUAUUAAUGAUAAUUCUAUUUUAAUAGUAAAUGCUGAUAAUUUACGAGUAUUUCAAGAACUUGUUUUUGAUUCUCCACCAAUUUCAUUCUCUUUUUCACCUAAAGGAACGCUUAUUGUUUCAACUAAAGAUGUAGUUAUUAUUUAUCAUCCAGAAAAUACAAGAACAUUAUUUCAACCACCAUCAUAUCAAGAAUAUUCAAGACAAAACAUACAAGUUGAUUCAGUCAAUUUUUUAAAUAUUGAAAAUGAAGAGAAUAAAGAAUAUUUUAUUGCAAUAGGUAUAUUUCUUCAAAUUUAUGAAAUUAAAAAAAGAGAAUCUGAUCAAAUCUUUUCUAUUCCUAUUGUUCAUCAAAAACAUCUUUCUACUUGUAUUGAUGGUAUUCAUUUUACUACUUGGGGUGAUAAAAAUUUUGUUAAAGUUUGGAGAUAUAUUCGUGAAACAAAUAAAGUUGUAGUACAAUAUAUUAAAACAAAUGGUAAAGUUAAAUAUGCUACUUGGAGAAGAAAUUGGACACAAGGAUCACCUGCAUUACUUAUUAUUUGUGAUGAACAAUCAACUACAUUAUGGUAUGAUAAUCCAUCAUCAAUUCAAAGUGAAUCAUUUUCUUUAUUAUGUUUUACUGGAUUAUAUAUUCCAGCAUCGGAUGGAUUAGUAUCAUGGAUUUAUUAUCAUCAUAAAUUACAUAAUCCAUAUUUUCCAAUUCCUAAACCAAGUGAAUCAACAUCAUUAAGUGGAUUUCAUAGUGCAUCAUUAUGUCAAAGAUUACUUCCAAAAAUAGAUAUCCCACGACAAUUUUCACCUGAUUAUUUAAUUCAAUUUGAUGGAACAAAAAUUAUUAUAAUAACUGUCUCUUUUACUCCUCAAGGAACUCCAAUUAUUGAUUUUUCUGAACCAGUUGUGUUACCUGAUAAUUAUUAUAAAACAUUUAAUUUUAAUAAAAUCAAUUCAUUCAUUCCUAUGUGUACAGAAUCACUUAGAGGUUGUGCAAAACCAACAAAAAUAUCAUUAUGUUGUAGAGCAGAAGGGAAAUAUUCAUUAUUUUCAUUAAAAAAAGAAGAUGAUGAAUUACCUAAAACAUUUAAAGAACCAUCACCAUUAGUUAUAGCAGGACAUACUGCUCCAAUAGAAACAAUUAUUGUUCAUCAAACACAACAAUAUUUUCUUUCUAUUUCAAAAAAUGAAACUAUUUUAUGGUUAAUUGGUGGUGUACAACAAUAUCUUGGAGCAUAUCUUAAAUUAAUUGGAAUAUUAAAACCUUAUAAAAAGUAUUGUUUUAUUCAAAAUUAUAUUAUUGGAGUUAAUGGAAAAGAUGGAAUAGUUUAUCAAAUAAAUCAAACUGAUACACCAGAAGAAGUUGAUAAUUUUACAAUUCCAUUUGAAUCAACAUGUAUUUGUUGUAUUCAAAAUAUUAUUUGUAUUGGAUCUCAACAAGGUAUACUUAUGUAUUCAUAUAAUGGUAAAAUGUUAAUGAAAGGAACAAUUAGAGUAAAAGGAGUUAUAAAUAUUAAUGGAAAUGAAGGAGGAAUUAUUUUUAUUGGAACAAAUGAAGGUAAUUAUUAUUCUAAAAUAGAUAAACCAGUUGCUAUUCCAUUACCAAUUGAAGGUAAAAUAUAUUCACAUUCUCAAUUAAGGAUUUGUGUUAUUAAUAAUUGUAAAAUAAGUAUUUAUCAAAAAGAAGCAUCAGAACAUUAUGAAUUAGAAGCAACAUUAGGUGAUUCAUCUAAUGAUAUUGUUAUUUGUCAACAAAGAUCAGGAUAUAUUGAUGUUUCAAUUGGAAAGAAAAAUGUUCUUGAAUGGUGGGUACCAUCAACAAUUGCAAAUAUUAGAACAUAUAAUUCUGGAUAUGAAUUAUUAGAUUCUAUUCAAUUUAGUGAAAAAAUAGGAGCAAUAGGAAUAACAAAAGAAGGUACUACUAUUGUUGCAAUAGGAAAAAAAAUUCUUAUUUAUAGUAAAUGGGAACAAAAUAUUCAAAGAAUUAUUCAAUGUAUUGAACCUCAACAAAGUUAUUCAUUAUAUCAUCCAAGAUGUUUAUUACAAUUAUUAUUUGCUGGAUCAUUUAAACAAGUUGAAAUUAUAUUAUCUGUUUACUUAGAAAUUAUGAAAAAAUCACAACCAUUUCCAUUAAUUUAUGAUGAUGUUUAUGAAAUAUAUAACUCAAAUGAUAGUUAUCAAAAAGAACCACAAAAAUUAUAUUCAGAAAUUAUUGAAUUAUUACAACAAAUGAGAGAUACUUCAAUUACUACAUCUGAACAAGCAUGUAUUGCUGCUAUUUGUGAAGCAUUAAAAAUAAUUAAUUCAAUGGAAGGACUUGAUGAAUGUGGAAAGAAUUAUUUCAUUUCAUUUAAAUUAGACUGUUUAUUAAAUAAAAUUUGUGGAAGAAUUAUGACACCAAUUGAUUUUAUUUGGGCAUAUCAUUCAGAAGCAAAAGAAUCAUUAAAAAGAGAAUUAGAAAUAAUACAAGUUGAUUUAAAUGGAGCAAUUGAAAGAGGAAUUGGAUAUUGGAUGUUAAAUAAACCAGAAUUAUUAAAAGAUAUGUUAUCAAAUAUAGCAAAAAUUGAAUAUAUGAAAAAGAAAGAUCCAAAUGAUGUUGCAAUUAUAUAUAUUUUAUUAGGAAGAAUUCCUGCUCUUGCAGCAUUAUAUAGAUUAAAUAAAGAAAUGAAAAUUAAUGAUUUUUUAAUGAAAGACUUUAAUAAUGAAAGAAAUAAAAUAGCAGCUAUUAAAAAUGCAUAUGUAUUAAAUAGUCAACAUAAAUAUAUUUUAUCAAUUGCAUUUUUCUUAAUUGGUGGAGCAAUUACUGAAGCAAUUCAAAUUUCAUUUGAUAAAUUAAAUAAUAUUGGACUUGGUUUUAUAAUUGCAAAAAUAUGUAGUUCAGAUUUUGAAACAACGUUAAGAAAUGUUUUAUUACCUGAAGUAAUUAAAAGAAAUGAUAUUGUUGGUCAAUUCUUUUGUUAUAUUCAAUUAAAAGAAUAUCAAAAUGCUAUUAAAUCUUUAAUAUUAAUGAAAGAAGAACCAACACUUUUUUAUUUAUUAGAAUAUUUUAAAAGUGAUGGAUUAUUAAAACAAAUGUAUGGUGUUAAUGAAAUUGAACAUUCUUCAUUUAACUUUAUGAGAAGAAAUAUUCAUUUAUAUUUAAGAAAUAGAUGUUCUCCUCUUGCUUAUCAUUUUCUUGAUGCACAAUUUGAUCAUACUUCAUGUCUUUCUAAUUCAACAGUUUCAACAAAAAAUGUUUCAAUAUCAAAUACAUCAAAUGAUGAUUGGUUUGAUGAUUUUAUGAGUAAUAGUGCACCAAUAGUUGAAGAAAAGAAAAAAGAAAUUUCAAUUAAUCAAUGUUUCCCAAAAUUAAUUGGUGAUUUAGAUAUUAGUUCAAUGAAAAUUAUUGCUCAAACAAUUGCAGAACAUUUGAUUCAUCGAUUUGUAUUACUUUCAAAAUCAUUUGAAAAAGAUCCAAUACUUCAAAAUUUUGUAGUAAAUAGAAUAGUACCAUUUUUAAAUAAUUUUGGCAUUGAAAAAGAAUCUGUUAUAACUACAUUUUAUGAUAUUUGUACAUUAACAGAUUCUAUUGAUGUAUUAUGUAUUUCUUCUUGUCUUAAUGAACAAGAAGUUAAAAUUAAUAAUUCUCUUCAAGAUUCUCCUUUUGUUUCUUCAUUUGUUGAUCAAGGAAUGAAUUAUUCUAUUCCAAAAAAACCUCAAAAUGAUGAUAUUAAAAUUCCAAUUCCAAUUAAACAACGAAGUAUCAUUUCACCAAAUACUCUUCUUUCACCAGAACCAAAAACACCAUUAGUUAAAAAACAAGUCUUACCAAAAUUAUCAAAUAGUAUUUCACCAAAAAUGGCAACAUCAAAUUGUCUUGGAAUGCAAUUUAUUAAAAAAGCAGAAGAACCACUUUAUUUAUAUUUAAUUUCAAGAGUAUUUCCACCAGUUCAUUCAUUAAAUGCAUUAUCUCAUUUAUAUUCAGAAGCACAUCAUGUAUUUGUUACUCAUUUAAAUAAACAAUUACAAAUUCCAAAAGAAUUUGUUAGUUUAAUGGUAAUAUUAAUAUUUGUUGUAUCUGGAAGAAUUAAAAAUUAUGAUUUAGUAUUUAAAUUAAUUUCUACAAAAGAUAGAACAUUAAAUAGUGUUUGUUCUAUUCUAAAAGAAUGUAUUAAUGAUGAACAAGAAGAAAAUCAAGAAAUGAGUGAUUCAGAACAAUUUGUAACUGGUUUAUUAAUGUUAUUUACUAUUCCAUUACUUUCUGAAUUACUUAAAGAAGUUGGAUGUGUAAAAACUGAUUUAAUGUUAAAAAAAUGGAAAGAGAGUUUAGUUAGUUAUACAAGUUAUUUAACUCCUACAAAACUUUUAGAAGAAGCACCAACUGAAUUUUCAUUUAGAAUAUUUUCUAAACAAGCAAUUGAAUAUGCAGAAAAUGCUUGUCAAGAUAAUAAAUCAAUGAAAAUGUUAUAUAAUUAUUUUAAAAAUAAUCGUGCUGAUGUUGUACGAAAUACAAUGAAUUCUGUUUUUAAUUCUACUAGUCUUCCUUCAUAUGUUAAAGAAGUUGAACCACAAAUUAAUGUUCCUCAAUCCAAAAAUACUUUAAUGAUUGAUACUCCUCCUGUUUAUUCAUAUUGUUGUUCAUAUGAUAAUAAUUUUGUUAUUUAUUCAACUAAAGAUGGAAUAAAAAGAUUAGCAAAGUUUAAAGGUGUUCAUAAUGAUAUUCAAUUUUGUUUUUAUGGAAUGCAUCCUCAAACAAAAAAAGCAGUAAAAGUAACUCAAUUUAUUGGAAAUUGUAUGGAUGCUAAUCCAAAUCAUCCUUAUUUUGUUGUUGGAACAGAAGAUGGAUUAAUUUUAAUAUUUAAAUAUUCUCAAGAUGAAGCUAUUCAACAAACAGCAAUUCAUAAUAAUAUUUCCCCAAGUUUAAAUGGAAAUGGACCAAAAGGAUUUGGAAUUAAAAGUGUUAAAUGGAAUAAUGCAGGAACUAAAUUUAUUGUUAGUGAUGCAAUGGGAUAUGUUGCUGUUUAUAGAUUUACAGUAAAUGAAAUUACAAUGAUCUUUAGUGAACGUAUAUUUAUUCAUGGUGUGGAUGCUUGUUUUAUCGGUGAAAGUAUGUUUUUUGUUGCAGCUGGAAAUAAUGGAGUAAAAGGAGAAGUUGUUAUUGGUAAUUUAUUAGAAUCAAAUACUGUUGUUACUAGAACAGUUGUUGGAGUUGUAAAUGCUAUGUGUCUUGUACAACGAUUUGGAAGUGUUAUUAUAUCAGAUAAUGAUGGAAUUAAAUUUGUUGAUUUACAAACUGGAAGAGUUUUUAAUCAGAAAAAAUAUGAAAAAGGAGUUUGUGCGGUUGCAGUUGAUACAUAUUCACUUGUUUUAUUUGUUGGAUUAUGUGAUGGAAGAAUAUUAAUGAGUCAUCUUCCUGAUUUAGAACAAAAUGAAGAAAUAGGAAAACAUGAAAAUACUCCAAGAGGUGGAAAAUUAUUUAAACUUUUAACAAGCUCAAAUUAUCAUGCAGUAAAUAAGUUAGGAGUUGUAUGGUUUGAUAAAAAUUCACAACCAGAAUUAUAUUCUUGCUCUAGUGAUGGAAGUUUGAUUCAACGUUCUUUAAUUUAUUUCCAAUAA